UACCCGGACGACUUUCUAUGUUACCAUCAAUCUGUUUAGGAAAACUCUCGCAUCCAUUUCUUUGUAAAUACAAAUAGAUUUAAAAGCUUCUUUUCUACCUCAUCUUUGACAAAAUGGCGGGGAACUUCUGGCAAAGUUCUCACUAUCUCCAGUGGGUGCUGGAUAGACAGGACCUGAUGAAGGAGCGCCAGAAGGAUCUGAAGUUUCUGUCAGAAGAGGAGUACUGGAAACUGCAGAUUUUCUUCGCAAAUGUCAUCCAGGCCUUGGGGGAACAUCUGAAGCUGAGGCAGCAAGUCAUUGCCACUGCUACAGUCUACUUCAAACGCUUUUAUGCCAGAUACUCUUUAAAAAGUAUAGAUCCCGUGCUGAUGGCCCCUACCUGUGUGUUUCUGGCCUCUAAAGUUGAGGAAUUUGGAGUAGUUUCAAAUACUAGACUUAUCUCUGCUGCAACCUCUGUGUUGAAAACUAGGUUCUCCUAUGCCUUCCCAAAAGAGUUUCCUUACCGAAUGAAUCAUAUCUUAGAAUGUGAAUUUUACCUCCUAGAGUUGAUGGAUUGUUGCCUGAUUGUCUACCACCCAUACAGACCACUGUUGCAGUAUGUGCAGGAUAUGGGGCAAGAGGACAUGUUGUUGCCACUGGCCUGGCGAAUAGUCAAUGACACAUACAGAACUGAUUUGUGCCUGCUAUACCCUCCCUUCAUGAUCGCUCUAGCCUGUCUGCAUGUGGCCUGUGUGGUGCAGCAGAAAGAUGCAAGACAGUGGUUUGCAGAGCUUUCUGUUGAUAUGGACAAAAUCCUGGAGAUUAUCCGUGUUAUUCUUAAAUUGUAUGACCAGUGGAAAAACUUUGAUGACCGUAAAGACAUAGCUGCUGUGCUGAACAAGAUGCCAAAGCCGAAGCCUCCUCCCAACAGUGAAAGUGAUCAGAGUUCAAAUGGGAACCAAAGUAAUUCCUAUAGCCAAUCUUAGCCAUGGCCUGACAGUAUUUACAUCUGCACAGUGGAUGUUUCAUGGGCCAAAUGUUCAUCUUUAACAACAAAAAUUUGAAGUCUUCACCUCCCAACUCUGCUUACUGUGGGUCUCUUAACACACUGCUCUGCUACACACAUGAACUGAAACUGAGUAAUCUGAAGGAAAGUGCCAAUUUGGGAUGAAAUGAAGGGCGACGUUUUGGAUUUAAAAAAACUUGACAAAAUGUACUGUGAGCGAGCGAUUUAACCUCAGGGACUAGGCAGACUUCUUCAUUGGGGUCUCUUGGAUACUGUGCCGAUGAGGAGUGGGCCCAAGUUUACUGUGAUGUGAUUGGAUAACCCUGCUGACAGAGGAGCGAUCCAAGCUGGUGGAUCAUGGAAUUACAAACAGCUUUUCAAUCAUGUCCUACCCCUUUGCCCUUUUUGUAAAUAGUUUUAGCAUUGUAAAAGCCAAAGUUAAAUCUGUGAACUGGACAAAGAGUUGUAGGAGUGAAGACAUUUCGCUGCUCCUUCAAACCACUUCUUCAGUUGUGGUCAGAUCACUGGUGGACACUGCCUUAUAUCUAUCUGAAGGGAGGAGCUAACAACAUUACACUGUAAAAAGCUAUUGUUUACAGUUUCUGUAUGUAGGCUAGGUCCAUUGAGCUACUAAAUUCUAAGUGUGCACUGUACCUGAGACCCACUUAGCAUAGUCAUUCAGCCUUAAUAGACAAACACUUUAAGACAGAAACUAGUUCACCCAAAGAACAAAACCCCGAGCCAUAAACAAAGUAAUGUGGUCUACUCCAUUCAGUGUAGUGAAGAGUGCAGAGUGUUACAUUGGAGAACAGCCACUCCAUAAGAGGAAUGAAACAUGGUUGCAAGAGCUCCUCUGGGCCCCAGUCCACCGUACAUCUCCAUCUCAAAGCCACUAACCACUCUUUUGAACAUGGGGAGGCACAGAUCUUAGCCAGAGAGGGGAGUUGAAGAAGCAAUUUUUGUUAGGAAAGAUGCUCCUUCCUUGAACAGGAAUGGGGGUCUUGGACAUCACAUUUCCAACCAUCUAUAACUCCAUCCUCAGACCAAAAGGAAGAGAACAAUAGAGCUAGUCAGUUGGCCUAUUAAGGCUGAAUGAUUAUGCUAAGUACGUUUCAGGCACAGUGCACACUUAGAACUUAGUAGCACAAUAGACCUAGCAUACAUAGAGAAACUGUAAACAAUAGCUGUUUACAGUUUCAGUGCAAUUAGUUCCUCCCUUCAGAUGGAUAUAAGGCAUUGUCCACCAGUGCUCUGACCAGAACUGAAAAAGUGUCUUGGAUGUGCGGUGAAACAUCUUCAUUCCUACAACUUUUUGUCCAGUUGACAGAUUUAACUUCGGCUUUUACUAUGGAUCUGGGCGACUGAGGUAUUACAGAUAUAGUUUUAGCAUUGUAUUAUUUGAUCUUUUUGCUUAAUUAAAACUUUUGUUGGGAAUCAUGAGCCGAUUUGUUUCUGCUCUUUAGAGGAAAUGUCAUUUUGCUUCACAUUUGAGUUUGUAACACAGUCAUCAGUGACACGCAUUUUGCUUUAGGGCUAUAGGAAAUGGUAUUUGGCUUUGUUUUUUUUCUGUGUAAAGGCAAAUCAGAAUCAAAUAUAAUUUGCCCAGUUUUGUUUGUAUUUUCUGUUCAUUCUGCCAUCCAUUUAAUUGAUUGUGGCAAUACACCUGUGCAUAUUCCUCUAGAUGUCAAUAUUUUUGUGCUGUAAAACUGUGAGAGCUGUGAGUCUGUGUGUGGAUGUAUUCCAAAACAAGGUGCUUGAAAGCCUUAAUUAAAGCUGCUGGUUCCAGUAAUCCUCUCAUUCAAGCACAGCCGUGUUUCAAUCAGGUGACAGAUGACAGAUGUUAUGAACAGGACUUUCACAACAUUUCCUGUGGUUAUGUAUCCACUAAUUGAUUAGAUACAUUUACAAAGGCUAAAGGCUAGUCUAAUGAGCUGUUUCACAGAGAAAAGCACAAAUGACCUGGACAGUCUUUGCUUUUCUUUCAAUGGGCACCAUCUGUUACAUGAUCAUCCUCCUGUGUGGGGAUUCAAUACAAGGGCUUCACCUCAAUCUGACUUGUAAUGCAUUUCCACUGCGUAACUAUUACUUGAACCUGUUAAUUAUUUGUAAAGCUCAUUUAUGAAAUAAAAAUAUUUGGUGUG